UCUGUUGCCGUAUAAUCUGAACAUUUCUUUGAAAUUGUAAUAUUUUAUCUUGCCUAAUUACAAAAAGAAAACCAAUUUAUUUCAGGUAAAACUAUGACAUUUAAAUCUACAAUCAUGUUUAAAGAACUAUUUGUGCCGAUUUUAUGUUUGUUGGUGUGUGAUUGCAAAUGUGAAAUAACUCGAACUAAGGUUGUUGAGAUGGCUAGAUUGUUGUGUACCGGACAAGACAUCUGCAGCGCGAACAUGUCCCAGACUGAUACAUUUCAAGAUACAAGCAGUUGUUGUUCUGAAUGUUCUUGUAAACCAAGUUGUAAAGAACAUGGAAACUGUUGUUUCCCAGAUCAAGCGUAUCGUUUAGGAGACGGCGAUGUUGAAGAUGAACACAGAAGUUAUGUAUUUAAAAAUGACACUACUCUUGCACAUGAAUGUCUUUAUCCAUCAUCCCAGCAACCAACUGAUCCAGCCGGAAGAAUUCAGCGUCAGUCCUUUUGGAUGGCUUCCGAAAUAAUAGAUACUCGCUAUUUACCAAGAAAUGAGACAUGUGGAAAUUUCGAGGUAGCCCCAUGGGGAAGUCUUCUUCCGGUAUCAUCAAAAAGGACUGGUCUCAUUUACAAAAACAUUUAUUGCGCUAGAGGACACAAUGAAACAGAAGAGGACAUUGUUAUCUGGGAGGGGGAAUACCAUUGCAAAACUAAAAGCAGAGGUUACAUUGAUUUAGAUAGAGCCUAUCUCGAAACGUGUCAGAAGCAGUUUUUUCCACCAGAAGACAUUGCUAUUCAAAGAAAAAGUUUGUGUUAUAACAGUUUAAUUGACACGUGUUCGUUUCCGGCCUUUCUUCUCCCCAAGACAGUACACAUGAGUGCGUCUGAAAUAGUUGAUGCUUGUACUAGCGGUUUUGUAUCUCCAUACAGACGAUUUGAUAUGUUUGCAAAUAUAUUUUGUCAUAUUUGCAAUGGAAACAACCGUAUUCUUCAUGAUUGUCCAAAUCUGGUGCAUGAAAGGUCUCCGGGAGGAUAUAUAUCAGCACUUAUCAAUUUAAACUCUUUACAGAGCUUAUCACGAAUCAAAGGUGUAAGAAGAGAACCAUCCAAUGUAAAGUUGGCAUGUUUGAUUCAAGAUACAGAUUUUGGAACUGUUGGUGACAAGUGCAAACCUAUCAGUUGUCCGUACGGACAAAUCCGUGACAAGGAGGGAAAAUGUAUCUAUACAACACUGGAAUGGUCUAAUAUUGUAUUCAAAAUACGUGUUCACCUUAAAAGUUCGAAGCCUUUCAAUGUACUUCAGUUUCUUUCAGAUUUUGAAAGUUUAAAUCGUCCUUUUGAUAUUUCGAGCUUAACGUCUUCGUUUCUAAAGACAUUUAUGAUCGAACGUGUAUAUUACAAACAACUGAAGUCAGUCCAUGAUACGGAUGAACUUGUCAUUUUCACGAGCAAACGUACGUCUGCUACUAAUACAAAAAUGGUCAUGAAUACAAUCAAGAAAUGCAUGAAUGAAAAAUGGCUGCUUAAAUCGCACAAAACAACACUGUCGUUGAGUCCAAAAAUACCGAAUGAACUAAUUGGUGAUAGGGAAUUAUUCACAACCAGUAAAAAUACAAGUUAUAAAAGAAUCUAUAUGAAACCAAGUAUCGGUGGUGGUGGAGUUGUUCUUCUGAGAAAAUUAUACUUUUGUGUGAAUGUUCAAUUGAACAGUAAUGAAUUCAAUGUAUCCAAUGAAGGUAAUAUUGUAUUCAACAAGAUUUCAAAUCGCUACUUGUACAAUAAUGAGUACAUCCUAGAUACGUCGGGACCAAAUCCGGUUUGUCAUGUAUGCCUUGAAGGUUCCGGCUACAAUCUCAUUGAAAACAAUCAUGCUAUUAAAACUACUCUAUCACUUGGAGUGUUCAUCUGGACCAUCUUUCUUAUCACUUUGAUGUAA